AUGACGCAACAUCCUCCUGCGGCACACGCUAGCUCAUCACGAGACCACUCUACUGUCGGACAAUCACUCGCUGAUCUAUACAACGCUCGCCAUGCCGAGGAACGCGGCGGUCCCUCGACUUCGAAGGCCAUCACCAGCAAUUCGCUAGCCGAUCUAUAUAACAAGCGACACGAGGACGAAUGUCGCAAGAAGCAGACGUCUUCGAGCUCCUUCGUAGACCUUUACAACCAGGUGUACGAGCACGAGCAGCAGUAUGAGGACAAAAUUCUGGUGCAGGAAUCAAGUUUCUCCGGAACCGGGCAUUUGGCCAUCGCUGGUCCGUCGAGAAGCUCGACAGCUGGUGUCUCCAAAAACCUAGCACCACCCCAAGCGCUCUUUAUCAAUGACAGUGACGAGGAUACACCAGAGCCACCGAGUCUGCUCCCGAGCGAGCCGGACAACGGAGACGAGGAAGACAAGAAUGAUGAUGAUGAGAUCGCCUUUCGAUCGCCUCCCAUGACCGACAGCCGAGAUGGAAGUCGCUCGCGGAGCGAAUCGAUGCUCCCUGUUGGUCCCCAAGUUGUUUAUGUCGCACGAACCUCGGUACCGCGCAGAGGUGCGCUUGGUGACUCAGCAACACGGUUAACCAUGGACAGCGACGACGGCUCGGACGCGCCAGGUACGCCAGAACCAGAGCUUCCCACCGCAUCGAGGACACGCUCAAAUGCUCCUCUGGCGCGGCCACAUCCUAGCCCAUCGAAACCCAUCGUACAGUCAAGCUCGAGUCGAAAUACCGACCUGGAAUCAGAGCAUUCAUCAGGUCCCUUUGGACCGCACAACCACAAAGGCAAAGCAGUGCAGCGACUCUUGGAGAGCACGCAGGAAGAUGAUUCACUCAACUCUUUGCUCAUAUCCGGCUCAGCACCGCCUAGAGAGGAUCGUGCCGCAUUGGCACGUGUCUUUCAGCCAGAUGCAGGAUCGUCGGAAGCCCAGGACGUCCAUAAUUCGAACACCUGGCCUUCUGACGACAUCGUCAUUAUCAGUGACUCUGAACAGGACGGGACUUCCACACGACAAAUUUCCCCUCAACACUCUGAAGAGGAUCGUUUGAGGGCAUUGGCUAGUAGAAGUGGUUCUGAAGGAUUGGACUCAAUUGGAAGGAACACUGUAGUCGUGCUACCAUCUUCAGCUCGACGGACAGAGAAAUUGGCAGAGGAUCGCAGCUCCGUGGAGGCGUCGGCAUCUGGAUCUGCUGAGCGAUCCCAGCUGUCUCAGCGUCGGCAUUCGACGGGAGCUCAAGGAGCGCAAAUGAGACCGGUACUAAACGCAGGCGCAGACUCGGAUGUAGAAUCGGACACUCCUAUCGUUACCGACGCAAGGAUCGUAGAAGUGCGAGCGACCGACUCAAGCGCAAAAGCGACGCCAGGCAAUGCGUUCGAUAGCGACUUUCAACGUCGCUACCCAAAACGAGCGCGCAACGUUGCGGACUACAAUGUCAAACGCAUCUUCGAGAGGUAUGAACGUGCGCAGAGUGCAGACGCUGCACCACCUCCGCCGUCAAAACCAAAGAAGCAGCCACUGCCAGUGGUGAAUGCAUCCCCGGCAUUCUUCGAUGCACUGCGCUCGAAGACAGCAAACAAAGUGCCUGGUGGCAGCGUUCCUUCUUCUUUUGUCGACUUUCUCCAAGGAAAAAUCAAUUCGGGAGCCGCAACAGCGGCCCUCCGUGCUGCUGCCUUGUCCGGCAGCGCUGUAACCAUGCCACCCAAGUUCACGGAGGCCGAAGCGAAGGCCGUCGCCGACAAGCCGAUCCCCUCAACUGCACUCUGGAACGUCUCAAUCCGCACAGACGACCGUGCAAGUCUGUGGCAGCUGAAGCCCAGCACUCGUCGCUGGCUUGGUGUCACGAAUCCAGGUCACAGCGACCCGAAUGCCGACGGAGCUACCACACCCACUCUCCCUGCAGGUGAGAAGGGUCCAGCGCUCAACCUCAAACUGCGGGACAUCAUCGCUUCUCAUACAGGUCCGCCCCCGAACCCAGCAGACCUCCGCGACGAUCUCCAAAGGUUCGAAGGCGCAGGUCUCAUUGGUCGUCCCAAGGAUGCAGAAUACUUAGAAAGCGCAUCCCGUCGCCUUCGUCUCGGUCGCGCCUACAAGCUUCCUCUCCCCGAUACGCUAAGCGCUUUUGUCGAUAUGGAACACAAAGAAUGGGUUCGAGCGGAAGAAGACUUGCCCGAGAUGGCUCGCCUGGCUGAAGACUGGAAAGCGCGGGAAGAGGGCAAGAUUACGGUAGAAGUCGAAAACAGCGAUUGCAUUCAGUCACACUACGACCAUGCUGGACGGAAGACGGUUUCGCGGAUCAGACCUGAGACGGGAGGUGAGAUUAGGAUGUACUUUGAUCUCAAGCAAAGCGAAGCGGCGGGGCCGCAGGAAGAGUCACAGAACUACAGGAUCGUCAGGAGGGAGUCGCCAAGGAAGUCUCCCUCGUUAUCGCGACUUUCUUCGUCGCAAGUGGCAAGAGAUCCGAGUGAUGCGGAAGCUGAUUCGGAUGUCGAGAUGAGGUCUGGUGAGGAUGGGACUCCAUCACCGACCGCAGGCCCAAGCAGGUUGGGUAUGGGUGCGGACGAGUCCAUGGCAGAGAGAUCUGAAUCUCCGGUAUCUGUGAUGGAGGUCGACGCUCCAGCAUCACCUUCAAAGCGCACCGAAGCAGUACUUGCUGUUUCUGCGGCGGAACCGAAGACUCGACCGGCAAUCGCUCUAGCCGCUGCAAAAAUCUCCAAGUCACUACCCAACGCUGUGCGAGCCUCAUCACCCAAGAGCAAGCCCCAGCCUUCCAAAUCAUCAGCACCGCCAAAAAACCCCGCAGCUAUACAGCCAAAACCAAAAAUAGCGACAGCCUCAAAAGGCACCGCACGCAAUCUCCUCUCCUACCUCUCCACCCAAAUCUCAGCCCCACAGCCUGCAAAGCCUGCAAAGGUCAGCAAAUCUGUCCCCGCACCCGCAACUACUUCGACAUCAGUCAAGUCUUCCACUAUCAAGCCCACCGUCUCUGCUUCAGCCAAAGCGGAAGGCAAAGCUCGAGCCCGCGACAUAAUCGAUUUGGACGAUUUCGAGUUCUUCCCACACUCAUCCCUUGGGUCGGGUAGCCAGGUCUUUGUUGAUCUGACUCACUCUUCGAGUGCUUCGGAAAGCAUUGCUGAACGGCCAUUAAGCAAGAAAGUUCGGUCAUCUUCACCCGUUGUCUCCACGUCUAGUAAGAGGGCUGCCAAAGUAGAACGGCUUCAGGUGGAAGAAGAGGAGGAAGAGGUAAGUUUCUGGAACACAGAAGAUGAAGCUGAACUGAACGCCGAACUGAGGACUAACGGUGUAACAGUUGGAUUGCCAGCAACGCCGACCAAAGCGAAGGGGAAGACAGUGAAAAGAAAGCAUGCAGCCAAUCGGAUGCGGGCUGAUAGCGACUCGGACUCUCCUUCCCCCGCUCUCGCUCCUGCUGCUGUGGCGCGGAAGGCGUUAAAGACAAUGCAUCCUUCAACAGCAGCUCAGGUCGCAGCAACAGCCUUCCGCUCACCAAACAAAGCCGGCGCCAGCAGCAGCAGCAAAUGCGUUGGCGGGGAAGAAGUGGAACUACCAGCUGCAACUCCAUCCCCGACCAGGAACGGAUGGAAAGGCAUCACCGGCUGGUACAGCGACACGCGAGACGCUUUUAGUCCUACGCCUGAUGAUCGACCCCGGAAAGGGGACAAGGAGAAACAGGCAAGACUUGAUCAGAUUCUGCAGAGGCGAGGGAAGGAGGGUAAACACAAGCAUCGAUAA